CGGGAACCGAGCAGGGGUGGUGGGAGGCUGCGAGGCCGUGGUGGAAGGCGUGAUUCAGGAGGUAAAACGUUUUCACUUAACCCCGUUUGCCUGCUGACCGCUGUCACAUACGAGAAAUUUGCAAAUACUAAACUCGGUAUUUAAAACUUUUCUCGUGUUGUCCCUACAUCCCAAGUGGGUUAUCACGUCGGUAAACCCAUACAAAGUGUGAUCUAUUGCUUUUAUAAAAUAACUUGAAGUAAAACGGAGUCUUACAGUGUGAUUUCUAUACCGUAAUCAAGUCGUGUCUUCUGUCUUAAGUCAUCAUAAGCCAAUCACGACUCACGAUUUAUAGCGCCGAACUUUCUCAAAACUCAGUUCAGUCAUACAAAAAACAAAAGCACUUCAGAAACGAGUUUUUGCACUCAUUACAUGAGGACUUAUGAAAGCUGUUUUACAGAAAAAGUCAACACAUAUUCAUGUUAAUAUACACUGGAAGAAUACGUUCCUGGUUUGGUUGAAACAGAAGGAAAAGGUUGGACAUCAAUCUGUUUUGUUGAGUCGAUCCGUAAUUUCGUGUUGACAGACGGAACUGGCAGCUUUUGUAUUUUAGGGCGAAGGAAGAAAAUUCGUAACCCUAGCCUGUAGCCACCUUAAACACGUACUAUAAAGUACACGGAGAUGAUUCCAUCAAGGCUGACUGUGCUGCGCCUGCGCUACACAAACUGUUUGCUGAACAAUAACACGAGACGAAAAUCGUUGUUUUACAACGCUUAUUGUUUCUUAAAUUACAAACAAAUUCUCCUCUUCAUCACCAUUGAAAUUGUAUGGAAGAUGGUGUGGAGAGUGUGCGUUUUGAUAUUUUUCUUUGUUGCCCUAUAUGAACAGGGAGAUUAAGAGGUGAAAAUGAGGAUGUUGAUGAUGUGGAAGACUAUAGAAGUAGGCAGCGUUCGGAACCAGCUCUCUGGGAUUUUCUGUCCACGAAAUUUCCAGCAGUUAAAGGUUUGUUCCAUUUGAUGUGCAUGAAAAAUAUAAAACGGCAGGUUUUAAAAAGUGGCAUUUUAUGAAAGAUUAUAGAUAAAAAGCUUGCAGUCAAUAUCUAGAAUAGUGUGAAUUUGAAAUCAAUUUGGAAAAUUCUAAGCUGAAACGUUGUGUUUUAUCUUUCAUUUGGUAAUCUUUUCUUGUCAUUCUUAUGAAGUGUAUUUUAAGGUUUAAGUUACACUUGUGUAGAUCAUGACAAAGAUGUGACAUCAUCAAACGCAAAGCUUGUGGUGUUACUGUGAAGUAUUGACAUUUAUAGUAUCACUGUCUUGAUCUACUUGUACAAUAUGGCGCCGACAGUGGAAACUUUGAUCUUUCCUUUUUUCUCGCUUUUUUAGCGCUGAAGGUUUUUGGCGCUCCAUUGUCUGGACAGUAGCUGUCAUCCAAUGAACGUACAAGAAUUUCUUGACGUGUAAAUUUAGAGAAUAUAAUGUAUACAGUUGUUUCAAAAAAGGUUGUCGGAGAGAACGGCGAACGGCGAAUGUUGAACGGAAGAUGCACGACCGAAAGGAACUGUGGUUACGCUAUAUGAUAUGCAAAAUUCCAUACAUGUAAGUUGCGUUCGUCUUGCGUGAAAAUGAUCAAUACACCAACUAUGAACGUUUGUCUGAGGGUUCUUGACUCCAAAGACAAAAGAAUCUCACGUUUUUUUCAACUGAAAGACGUUCCUCGUUUCCUCGUAUGAAUGGCCUAUUGUUUUGGACUUUAUAUCGCCAGUAACAGGAAAUUUAGAAAUAUAGCGCUAAACUGUUCUUUCAGAAACGCCCCAAAAAAGUGAAGCCUCUGCAACUGAAUGCUUAAGAACAUGGACAAACCAUAUAACCCGCCAUCGAAGGUCGUCACUAAAUGGAGGCGGCAUCAUUGGCAGCUUAGAUAGGUGACUAUUUACCAUCAAUAUUCAAAACCCACGGUUCCUUUCGGUCGUACAAUCUCCGUUCCACAAUUGCCAUUCGCCCUUCUCUCUGACAACCUUUUUUAAAAUACGUGUACAUAUUUUUUCAUUGAGAUUUUAAUGCAAUGUGACUUUUUGUCAUGGUCUCGAAAGGAGACGAAUUUACAUAAAUUGACAAUUGUUUUCGAAAUGAAAUGUUGUUAUUUCUGUUGUUGACACCCCCGUCCUUAAUUCGUCACGAUGCAACAUUUGUCUUAACACCUUUACGUUCAUAAUCUUACAGAUACAAAGAACGAAGAGCCUCUGAAGUCAAUAGAAAAUCAGAAGACUGAUGAAGCACAGCAAGAAAGACCGCCCCCUAGACGACCACCUAAACCUGACAAUGAUUUCAAACCAAGACAGCAGAAGCAAGAUCCUAGAGUGGAGAAAAGCGAGAAUGCUUCUCCUCCAAGACAACAGCAAGGUGAUGGACAGGGUGAAUAUGCCACCCCCAGAGCAGUGGAGAAACAAAGACAAGAAUCGUCAGCGCAGCACAGAGAUGGCAGACAACAGGGGAAGCCACAGAGGGAGCCGUAUUAUAAACAGCAGCAGAACGCUGGGCAGACAAAGGGGAAGGGUUCUAGAAGACAUGAUCAUGAUUCCAGACCAUAAAAUCAGAGCUUACCACCAAGGUUGCAGAAGAAGCAACAACAGCAGCAGCAACAGCGGCAGCAUCAUCAGCCUUACCAGCAUCAUAAUCAACAUCAAACCGAGACAGACGUCAGCAACGAUGUGACAGAAACUAACGCUGUGAGCACGCCUUUCGUUGCCCAGGAAGAUGAUGCUAUUAUAACAUUCAGUGCAGCGUCUGCCCUUCGCCAAGCUGAGUAUGUAGAAGAACCGCCUAGUCGAAUGUCACCACAAGUGCAGUUUCAAGAACCUCAAGGUGUACCAUACAGUGGUCAACAGUUUGCAGGGUCGGGAGGGCAGGGCAAGUGGCAAAGGAAUACUGAGCAUUACAGGCGGACUAGUUUUACCCCUCCCAACGUUCAGCAACAGCAGCAGCAACACUUGGAGUUCGUGAGCAUGGCUAUGGAGACCCAGCGUUCCCAGGCCGCACAGUUUGUGAUGAGUCAAACACAACCGUACUUGGAACAGGGUGGGCAAGAGCAAGCGGAUAUGAACUUGGUGCAGGAAUAUCAAUACGCACAGCAAACCCAACCUCCUGUCCAGGCCUACCCAGUGUGUCAACUCCGUCCUGCUCAGAUACCUCAACAGCAGAUGAUGCCACAGCAGGCCAUUCCACAGCAACCAGUAGCUGCUCCUAUGGCGGCAACACAGGUGUUUAUUAUUUUUCACUGUUUCCUGUCAGAACGAUGGUGUCUUUGAAUAGCGUUAGCGUUAAUGCUGGAAUAAGCACUCUCCGAAUCACCGCGCCCCGUUAGCCUAUUACUAUUUUAAUUUAAAUUUUACCCCUUUGAAUAAGCACUUCUCCCCUCCUUAAAACCCGUUCUUAUUGAAAAUACGGUAUGAAGUAUGUUUAUCUUUAUUGAAUGCAGCAUCACAACUACGAUCACUGGGGAAUGACCCAAGUGAGGACAUCACACGGUCUAUGUCAAAGAUGCUGCUCCUCUGACAAUAGUGUGUGAGACAGAGUUUGGUCGCAACAGAAUGCUCAGGGCUAAGAACAUGUAACACACGCGCGCGAACACGAAUUUUGGCUAUAUGCUGAAAGAUGCCUUCCAGUUUUUCCUAAUGUUCCUGCUUUCGUUCAUUUGAGACAAAGAGAAAUGCAAUCUAAAGGGCGAAAUUCUGGAGAAUGAUAUAAGCGCCCCCAUUCAAAGAAUAAUAAGAGCCAACACCUUUGAUUUAGCGCGACCCCUCACAAGUAAGAUAAUCAGUAAAUAAUCGGAUCUGGGCUUAAUAAGUAGUCCAACUCAGAGAUUGUUUCUAUUUAUUUUCAGGUUGGUUGGAAGAAGGGAGAUCACUGUUUGGCACCUUGGAGAGAUGGGCAGGCA